CAACGUGUUGCACUGCACGGUCCAGUUCCUGGUUGAUGGGAUAACACGCUUUCGGCGACUCUUGGCUCACCACGCAACAUCAACUUUUAAAAGCAUGGAAUUAGUGGGUUCUUAGUUCACCAAACAGACGUUAAGCGAGAACAACAUUGAAACCCAACUGUGUCGGUUGCAGAUUUCGCCCGAGGCAUGACUCUGUAGACUCUCCUGCAGGUUUGCUCACAGUAGGCUUGCCAGCUUGCAACCGCCAGCUAAGCUAGCUAACUUGCUAGCUAGCAUCAUUGCAGUCCAAAAUGACUGACUGCUGCGCCGCAGCGAACUGUGAUUACCAGCAAGGGGGAUCCGAAAACUCCCCUCCACUCUUCAGCUUCCCCUUGGACCCGGAGCGAUGCAAACAAUGGCUGAACAACUGUCACCGCCAAGAUUUGGCAUCAGAACCUCCUGAACAGUUGCAUAAGCUGUACAGACUUUGUGCAAAGCACUUUGAGCCCUCUGUGAUCUGUCGUCAGAGCGCUUCCAGUUGUGUCUUAAGGGAAGAUGCUGUUCCAACAAUAUUUGACUCAACAAUGCCUGUGAAUAAUCAAUCAACCUGCAACAGGAAACGAGCUAGAGAUCCUUCUGAAGAGGACCCCACGUCUGUGAAGAAAACAAAAGAAAACACAGCAACAACAGAAGUGACUGAGGAGAGGACAGAAGUAUCUGGCGAGAACAGUGCAGCACCUGAACUGCAAAAAGAGAACCAAACCCAAGAGGAUGUAGCCAACUCUAAAGCAAAAGAGACUCUGAAAGUCUAUUUCAAGGAAAUCCUGGCACUGACUGGAUUCAGCAUAAACGGUGCAAACAUCAACACUGAUGAGCCCAUCGGAGGCGCGAGGGGACAGCAGGCUCUCAAUCGUAUCUGUGUGGAGAAAAUUGACAAGAAAGAAAUCCUCCAGUUUAGCGAAGACCUCAUGCGUGAGGAGAUCCAAAACAGCCUCAGACUGGCGCGAUUCUUCUCCAUUCUGCUUCAGGAUGUGACAAGUAUAGAGGGAAAGGAGCAGAUCCCAGUUUUCAUCAGGUCUGUCACAGUAGACGGGUUCCCACAGAAGCACCUCAUUGGGUUCUUGCCAUGCGACAUGGAUGCAGAGAAUCUGUUUUACAUGCUUCUCUCAGAGCUGCGAAACAAGUGGGGGCUGAGGAUGGAGCACUGCAGAGGACUGACGUAUUUGGUUACAGGAAGCAUGUGUCAGAAAAUGCGAGACCUUACCUCCAGGAUUCUGCAGGAGUUCCCACAAGUAGUCCUGUCACCAAGUGACCCAUAUGCCUUCAACAUAUGGAUUAUUCGCUGCAUGCCUGUGCCCUCCAUUCAGAAUGUUGCCAACACUGUAGAGGAGGUGGCCUCGUUACUCAGGAGAACACCAGAGCUGUGGAAAAGAUUGGAGGGAAAGAUCCAGAUGACAUAUGGGCACGUAAAAGGGGAAGUGGACAGGAUCAAAGCAGCAGUCAGCGAGAAUUGGGAAUAUGGUACUGAUGCCUUCCAGACCAUGUUGGACAUUCUGGAGCCAUUCCUGAACUGCAUCAAUGAGAUGAUUUCAAAGGUAGAUGAAGAUACUGCUGAACAGAUGGCCAAGCUCAAGCCAGUACUGAAGAAUUUCAACUUCAUCAUCACACUUGUUGUUCUGAAGAACACCCUCUGUUGUGUGAGCAUACUCAACUCGAGUCUCAGGGGAAUAAUUAGCAUCAGCAGUACGUUGCAGUACACAAUUUCCAAUGCCUUAAAGCUGGUAAGCAAAUACCAACAGGAGCUCGCAAUAUUCCACAGGAAAUGGUUUUCAGAUGCAGUUGGCAGAGCAAAGAAGUUGGGAGUGGAGGUCACUAAACCAGAGAUGGACCAAGGAGACACAAAUGAAAUACCACUGGAGGACUUUUACAGAGAGACUCUGAGCCGGCCUAUCUUGCAGUAUCUUGUCGCAGAGGUGAAGAGAGUGUUCAGCACAGAGAUGGUAAGGAUUCUCCGAUGGCUUUCGUUAGUGCCAUCUUACAUGGCUGACCACAAUUUCAGCAUUCGCAGGGACAAAGUAGCAGACGCCAACUUGAACAACCUUGCCAGGCCUGACACGUUCUACGAAGAGCUUGGUUGUUGGGAAGUGAAGUGGAGGCAUGCGAGCAAGCGCAGAAUCCUACCUACCACAGUGUUUGCCACGCUCAAGAUUCCAGAUAUUGGGUUUUACCCAAAUGUGCAGAGCCUGCUGCGGGUGUUGGGUACUGUUCCGUGUGUAAAUGCAGAAGCAGAUGUGUAUGGUCAGUACCAUAUGGUACUUGAGCGGUGCCACUCAUACCUGAGAGCCACGCCAGAGGACCAAAGAAAAUGCAGCAUGGCAUAUGUCUACGUGAACCAAGAUGUGCAUUUCAAUGUGGAACAAAUGGUGGAGUCAUAUACCCAGAAGCAUCCAGACAUCCUGCAACUGCUUCAAACGGAUGAUGACACAAAGGAGAAGCCUCCGCAAGUGGCAUCCCAUGGGAACCAUGCUGAAAAGGACACUGAAGAAGAGUUACAGUACAUAAACCUAGAGAUGGAUGCUGAAAGGCUUGUGGAGAUGAAGUGUGCGGAGACUGAUAGAGAAGCUCUUAAAUCUGCUCUGCAGGCUGCAGUGACGGCUGCAUACAGCACUCAAAGCAGGCAAAACAAUGAAGCUCUUGCUCACGAAGGAGAGGUCGAGUAUGUGACCAAGUCUGAAAUGAAAGAAGUUCUCACUGUGUGCGAAAACGCUGUCAGGGAGGGAAUCCUCAUGGAAGUGGGGACUUCAUUCUUUUCCUUGUUCAUCGACCGUGUUGUGAAGUUGGGGGAGAAAGACUAUCUUCCCCUCUUCCUGAGGUUUGUGGACAGUUUUGAUGUCAUGCGAUUGGAGUUGAUGGGUUUUCUUGAGGCAGAUCUUGACUGUGAUGCCAUGAUACAGCGUCUCCAUGAAAUAGUAACAGUUGAGUGGAGUCUUGAUUUAAAUAACUGCAGAGGUCAAGCAUACCUCGGCUCUGGUGAUGUUUCCUACAAGCUGAAAGCCUUUGCCUGCAAAGUCCAGGAGACUCAUCCUCUCGCUAUAAGCACACACUGCUCUUCCUACUCUUUCAACACAUGGUGGUCAAAAUCCAUCCCAGUGCCUGCUGUUAAGAGAGCCCUGGAUACAUUUGAAGAAGUGCUGAUGUUUUUUGGCAGCAGCGCUACUCUACAAAAACAGCUAGACCAUGUGAUAGCUUUUGGUCUUAGAGAGAGCUAUGAAAAGGUUCAAGAGUUACAGGGGAAGUUCUGUGCCCUUUGGCAAGAGAAGCACGAUUCUUAUGAGGUGUUUGUGCAGAUGCUGGAACCCCUCGUUGAAUGUCUGGAGAAGAUCAAAAAUAACCCACAGAGAUGGAAAGCCUUUGUGUCUGACCAAGCUGGGGGACUCCUCCGCAAGGUAAUGGAGUUUGAUUUCAUCAUCGCUAUGGUGGUCUUGAAGAAUGCAUCCUCUUUCACCAGAGAGCUAAGCGCGGGUCUCCAGAAGGACCACUUCAGUGCCGCAUCCCAACUUUGCCAAAUCAGUGGUAUUGUGGCCACUCUGAACCGAGUGAAAACAAACAUGAAGGUGUUUCACCAGAACUGGUUCGAUGAGGCCUGUGCAAUGGCACAGAGUCUAAGAGUGCAGAUUGAAGUGCCUGAGAAUUCUUUGCCAAGAGACGGCAUGAUUAAGCCAGUGGGUUUUUACAAAGAUGGCUUGAGUGUGCCCCUAGUAGAUAACCUCAUCAAUGCUGUGAAGGAUCAUUUUUCAGAGGACCACAAAGAAGCUCUGAACUUCCUCUCCCUAGUUCCAUGCUCAGUCACAGUGAGUUACAUGUUUGAGAGCUUGAAGUCAAAGCCUCCCCUCUACAGCAGUGACCUUCCUGAUGCCGACAACUUCUUCACAGAGCUGUGCUGUUGGAGAGUAACGUGGAAGACCAAAGUUGCAUCUGUGACCAUCCCAGGCUCAAUAUUUCAGACGUUGCGCCUGCCACUCAUGCAGUACUUCGGUAACAUCAAUGCACUGCUGAGGAUUAUGUCCGUGCUACCCAGCACAGCACUGGAGGACUGUGGUGUCGUAAUGCGCCACAAGAAGUUCCAAGAGUACCUGAGAAAUACAAAUCCCAAAGACAGGUCCCCGUGCUUGGCUUUGCUGCAGGUGAGCACAGACUUCAGCAGAGACCUGGACCGCAUGGUGACCCAGUGUUUGAAGGUUACUCCGCAAGCCUUGGAGGGUAUAUGUCUGGACAAGGAAUCCAAAAGUUUUGUCAGAAACUCUGAGAAUAAUAUGGAAGUUGAUUGUGUCAAAGAGGAACCUGAAGAGCUUAAAAAUCAACAAUCUCCUGCCAAGAUUGAGGACCAAGAAAUGAAACCAGCAGAUGAGAAUGGGCACUCAGGUGACAAUCGUCAGAGUUUGGCGACAGUAUUCAAACUGGCUGCACUACUGGGGAAAAAGAAUGGCAGUCUCUCUGAUCUCUCAGAAGAGGACAGAGAGCUUUUCAUCCAGGAGCUUAGUAUUUGCCACUGGUUUGGAAAUGAGAGCAAAAGCACACCUUCUAUAGGUGAUGAUGAAAUGGUGAACCUUCUGAUAAAUGGAAUCCGAGAUGUCAUUCUCAAGGAAAUCCAGGAGUCACCGUUCUUCUCACUUAUCACAGACAAACCUGUAAAAAUUGCUGACAAGACCCACCUGCCUGUUUUUGUCAGGUAUGUUGGAGAAUCUACCCCAAAGGUAGAGCUCAUGGGUUUCUUACCAUUUGAUGAAAACUGUCACGUUGAGACACAAGCCACUAGACUUGCGAAGAUUCUCACUGAAGACUGGGGCUUACCAAUGUCUCAGUGUCGUGGACAAGCAUUCAUGCACUUGGGCUCAGGUUAUCAAAGCCUGAAGAAAAUGUCUCUGGAUUUCCUCAAGAGUUAUCCGCUCGCUGUUGUAACACCCAGUGAGUCUUGCGGCCUUGCCCAUUGGCUGGCAGGAAGUGUGCCUUGCCCCUCAGUAGCAAAAAUGUUGGACAUCACAGAAGACCUGCUGCUGUUCUUUGACGAAUCUCCUUGUCUGGAGGGACAGCUAGCGCAGGCUGUUGAUGGGCUUUUGAAUAUGCCAAGAGAGGCCCUGGAGGAAAUACCAGAAACCUGUUGCUCAAGGUGGAAAAAGAGAGAGGACUUCUUUGACAUACUCGCUGACACAUUAGAGGGCAUCCUCAGCUGCCUGGAUGCUGUUAGCUCUAGUGCAACAGGUGCCAAGUCAAUGCAUGCACAAGUUCUCUCCACCGCUCUGAGAAAUAUGGAUUUCAUUGUCACCCUAGUGAUUUUGAAGAACGCCUGUGCUCCUCUUCGUAACUGUAGCACUGUAUUCCGCUGUGGAAAUCCUGCUGAUAUUCUCUGUGAAGUGGAAAAAAUUCCCUCGAUCAUAGAGACUCUUAACAAAAUGUUAGAAAACGUGAGCACCCUGCACUCCACUUGGUUCGAGCAGGCAUUCCAGCUAGCAACCAAGGUAGCUCCUGAGCAAGUGUGCUUCUCAGAGGAGGCCAACAGCUAUGAAUCACCUGAGAUAUAUUACAGAGAAAACCUUAGUGUUCCUCUCCUCAGAAGUCUCACCGAUGAAAUGAAGUACUGCUUCUCAGACAGCCACUUGAAGGCCCUGUCGGUCCUGUCGUUACUGCCCUCCUGCAAUCCACAGCCCAUUCUGUCAGAGUACACAGACAAGCCAUUCAGCCUCUACCUUACAGAUCUUUCUGAACCCGAAGCAGCCGAGCAGGAAAUCAAUGCAUGGUCAGCUGUCUGGAGAGAGAAAUACCAGGAUGCUGCUCCUCCAUCAUCCAUCGCUGAAACACUUGUCCAUCCUGAGUCAAAGAGCCACCCAACUGUUACCUCACUGCUUAGGCUUGUAGCUGUCCUGCCUAGUGUCAGUAUGGAGUGGGACCUGAUGAAGACCACUCUGAAUGCAAUGAGGGAUCUGUUGAAACACACUGUAUGCAAAGGCAGCAGAAAGGAUCAUGUGGUGCUCCUCUUUCAUUGCACAACACUACAGAGACUGCCAGAGGUCAUUGAGAAGUGUAUGGAGAUUGAUCCAGAGAGCAGACCAUGUCUUUCCCAGGUGAUGGGAACUUUGCAAAGACUAAGGUUGGACAGUGGUGUGGAGGUAAAACCGGCGGCACCAGCAGAAUCACACUCCUCCAGUGUAGCAGAGAAGCCUGCUGAUGGAGAAGUAAAACCUGCAGAAAGUAAAGUGACAGCAGAGGUAGCUCAAGGACCAAGAAAAGCAGUGUCUUUCUACGAGCCACAGCUGCGUGAACAAAUCCUCAAGGAACUCUGGGACUCUCAGUUCUUUACAAUUAUAACUGAGCAAGCUGUUGAAAUUGACGGUGAGAUCUACAUCCCGUUGUGCAUCAGGUACUUAAACAAAGAGGACAUCCAGUGUGAGGAAACGCUGGCCUUCAUCCCAUUCGGUGAUGACCCAGUUGCCCUUGCAGAAGCUAUUCAGACUGCCCUGUCUGAGAAAUGGGGGCUGAACAUGGAGUACUGUAGAGGGCAGGCCAUGCUGAGUGUUGGUGAAGUAGGAGCUCAGAUGAGGGCUGUAAGUUUAGCUAUAGCUACGACAUACCCCCAUGCUGUAAGAACUGUCAGCUCUGCUUUGUCUCUUAAUGUUUGGCUGGCUAAAUCAUCUCCCGUUGAAGAAGCAGCUGAUGGAGCAGUUCUCGUAGGUAAAAUAUUACAUUGGCUCACAGAGGAUGCAGAACGCCAGAACAAACUGGAAGACAUGAUCAUUCACGUAUUCCAGCAGGAUGAAGGAAAGGGCAACGAGCUGAGAGACAAGCUCAUCAAAAACUGGGAGAAGAGUCAUGACAUGCAUGAGGUGAUGGCAGAGAUUUUGGAAGCUGUCAUGCUCUGUUUGAAUGAGUUGAAAGGGGAGGGAAGCACUCCGAACCAGCAGCAAGCAUCACAGUUCUUCAAUGCGAUCAGAAACUUUGAGUUUAUCCUAUCAACAGUGGUGCAGAAGAACAUCUUGAGUGUAACUAAAAAGCUAAGUCAGUCUCUUCAGGGCAAACCCUUAGAUAUGUUACUCGCUGUGAAUAAUUUGCCUGAUGUGAAAGCAUCCCUCAGUAAACUGAAGAGCGAUAUUGACACGCAUCACAAGGCCUGGUUUGAGGAAGCCACCACGCUGGCUUCUAAACUCGAUGUAACAAUGUUGCAUUCAGUGCUUCUCGAGCCAUUGAGUGAGUUUUACAAAGAAUCGGUAAGCAUGAAAGCUAUAGAGCACUCAAUAGCAGAAAUUGAUGACCUCUUCACAGAAAAGGUACUGGAUACCUUGAGGUGUCUGGAGAUUGUGCCUUACGCAAUGUCCAAAGUAGAAACCAGCAUUCUUAGUGGUCUUGUUUUCCGCCUGUAUAAGGAGGACUUGCCAGAUCAGGUCUCUCUUCACUCUGAGAUGAGGUUGUGGAAGGAGCGAUGGUUGGAUCCCCUGGCAGGCUAUCUCCCAACUACUGUGCUUGAUACGCUCAAGACGUCACAGAUAAGAAGUUUUGGUAACAUUGAAACUCUCCUCAGACUCCAAGUCAUCUUGCCGUUUUCAAGGAGGGAGAGCAACUUCAGGCAGGGAAAAAGAAGCUUACAGGAGUUCAUACACCAGGAAAAGCGGUCCCUCACUGAGCUACAUCCUCUUUAAGAGUUGCAGGUCUUCCUUCACGGCUAGCAGAUUUGAGCAUUGCGUUUGAGAUGUCACCAUCACCAUACUUAGGAACUAACGUGUCUCAACCCCAAUUGAGGUCCCAAGUUCUGAACUCAAUAUUUCUGUGUACAUUAUUGAUCUAAAUUCUUUGAGAUUUCCUUUUGUUGUUAUCCUGCAAACCAAGCCCUAUGUUAUGUUUUGGGUUUUUUUAUUAUUCUGUAGUUUGUACAGUUGUACUGCCCAAUGGGACCAAUGUCUUGGCAAAAAAAAAGCAAUGCUUGUGUGCCUUGAUGCGAAACGAAUAAUUCACCACAUGUAUCAUGAUAAUUCAGAUGUUGAAAAAUGUCCCAUUGGCGUUGACUGACUUCUGUAUCGCUGUCAUGAAUUCAUUAUAAAUGAUUAAAUUGCACCCUUACCUUUCCUGGGCACAAAUAGAAAUGGUUAGUUCCAUCAUGUCUUCUGAUGAUUUCUCAUGUUUCCUGUCUCUCUGCAGGAAUGAAUUUGCUGUAAACGUAUCUUUUGAAAGAAUGUUUCCUUAAUAGGAAAACCUUCAUAUAUAUUUGUCAAAAAAGUAAUAAAACGCUCCAAAAAGA